AUGUGUUCGGAUAAUAAUCCACAAUCUGUUGAGCUUUUUCGAUCUUUAAGUAGCAGAGCUCCUGUAUGCCUUACAGGAAGAAUAUUUGAUACUCAUAUACGCGGCUUUAAACGAGCAAACACCCUGGCCAUACAAUCUAUUAAUGAGAAGAUCACAGCUUCUUUUCUUAAUAGAGAUGUAUAUGAAGGGAUUUCAGCAAGUAAUGCCUCCGUCUGCAGCCAACUAGGAGUACAACAAUGUGGGGUGAUAAAAAGCAGUCUGCACAGGUCGCAUGGAUACUUUUAUCCAAACUUGGAACUAGAAAGAGGUCCUCCAAAUUGUCAGAGGAGAAAAGGCUGUUGCUGUACACUCAAAUUAAAUGCCUCAUAUUCAUCCAAUUGGUCUUGCUCCAAUACAAAUUUCCCAUCAAGCAGGCUGAAUUCCUCUUCUUCGUCUUCUUCUUCUUCUCCCUCUUCACCAGUAUCUACAUCAUCCUCUCAUUCUUCCUUUGCUUCAGGCACUCCUAGGUCAUCAACUUUUCACGCAUCCUCAGCCUCCUCCUCUCCUUAUGCAUCUGCCCGGUUUGUACAGGAAUCCAGGUACCGAAGUUAUUGGCCUUUAGGUAAAAAGUGCCUAAAUAAACUAUCUCAAAAUCGGCCCCAUGAUAGGCACAUAGAAAGCAGACACAAUGAUCAACGGCCAGGUCUUGCCAGGUCGAUGAAAAAUGGUGCUCCAAUAAAUGUGGGCGUGAAACCAAGGAGACCAUAUUCAGAGAAAAGGCUACAUAGACUCUCUGUUCACAGAUUUUUUCGCAGAAGACCUAUAACUGCCAAGUCAACAGGGAAGAAAAGCUGCAAGUACAUCAAACCUGUUGAGGAGACGGACAUAAACGGAGUUGCCGCACAAAGCGCUGCAACGCAAAGGGAGAUUAAAGACUGCAGAACUGUUGAGCCACCGGCCGCCAGUAUAUGGCGGUCUUCUGGAUCUCCAAGUUUUGUAGCCACAAUCCGAAUGGGAGCGAAGCGCUGGCUGGCACGGCACAACCAGGCAAGUCGGAUAGAACAUUUGUAUGAACAGCUUAGGCCGACUGUGGCAGGUGUGACGCUCACGGCAGCAGCAGCUGCCUCAAUCGCAGCUCGCGAUCGCGACCGUUUGGAAGCCCAACGAGAGCGUAAGGCUGCAGGAACAUUGGCCAUUAUUACUGGCUGCUUUAUUCUCUGCUGGUUGCCAUUCUUCAUCAAAGAGCUUGCUCAGCCAAUGCUUGCCGGCCAGCGUUUGUUCAGUAGGACUGGGGAAAGUGUGCUUUUAUGGUUAGGAUAUGCCAAUUCACUACUUAAUCCAAUCAUUUAUACUAUUUUUUCUCCUGAAUACAGAAAUGCCUUUCGCAAGAUCUUGUUUGGCCGUUAUUACCGCCGUGAAGGAUGCAGACAAUGGUAG